GGAAAGCAAGAAGCCGGACCCAAGUCAGGCCAGGAAGAAGUACGCUGAAUGACAAAUUAUUGGCACGCGACAUACGCUAAAGCCUACAAAACGGUGGUUGGAACUCAGAAGUAACGGACUGUUGGCUUCCUCAUCAUUGACUCUCUGAUUGCUCUCUUGCCUGCAGCUCGGCAAACAAUCUCUCUGCUUCAAAGGAUUAUUGAACUUACCCUGUAAGUAUACUACCUUUUCUUGAUGAUCUAAGAUUAUUGAAGAUUCUUUUUCCCGUUGUCUGGUGACUAUAAGAAUCGUUUGCUUUUGCGUUUUAAAAAGUAGAAAGGAAAAACGUAUGCUCAACUUGCCUCUUCUGAAAUUGAUCCUGACAUCCGAUAACUUGGAUCUGCUUUGUUUCAUUUGUAUUCCUUCUAAAUACGGCGUGUAUAUCUACAUGUAUGUGAUACACAGGGAGAAGAAUCUCACCACUGGAUCUUGCUGCAAGAUCUUGAAGUACCAUCUAAUCACAGUUAUUUUGAUUCCACUUUAUGAACCUGAAAACCUUCAAAUACAGUUUCAUUUGGAAUGCUUUAGACCUUUCUAUUUUCACAGUUUGGACAAUUAAUUUCUAAAUUUUUUAUUUGUUAAAAAAUUGAAUUUUGAGGUCCAAAUCUGGGCUACGCUAGCCACUAAUCAGCUUCAAUAGUAACUCCCCCUGAUUUUAGAGGCCUUGGAUCUCUCCUUUGUGUAUCUUGGGGUAUUUUAGAAAAGAAUUAGCUGAGCAUUUGGCAGAGUUAUAGAUAAAACAGUAGCGGAUAAUCAACUAUACAUAAAAAAAGUAAAUAAAAUUAUUAAUUACUUUGUUUUUUGGGAUAUACUUUUAAUUAUUACGUAAUUUAAAGUUCUAGUAUACUAAUAUCUUUUUACAUAUUCAAAUUUCUAUUAAUAUACACUUUUUGAUUAUGAUAGGCAUAUAUCAAUUAAUUAUGCCAUAUAACUUAUAUGAAACUUUCUAAUAGUGUAAAUAAAUAAAUAAAAAAUAAUGAAAUUAUAAGUAAAAGAUGAUUACAACAUUGUAAUAAGCAUACAAAUUAGUAAUACUAAUAGGAAAGUGAAACAAAACAAUGACAUGAAGAAGUGCAAAAAAGGAAAUAAGUAAAAAAAUAAAUAAAUAAAAGAAAUUAGUGGAAAGGAAAAACAAGGGACUGAAUAAACAAAAAUAAAAUAGUAAAUGUACUUUUGUCUUAAAAUAUCAAAUAGGGGCACAAAGUGCAUAUUUUAAUAAGUUCAAAGGGGCAAAACAUAACUAAGGGUUAAAUUCAAGGAGGUUUAGUGCAUUUAACCCAAAAGUAUAUUUUAGUUUUUGGUUAUUCUUAUCGAAAUUAGAUAAAAGUCAAGCAUGAGUUCAAGCUUGAUUAUACUCAAAUUCAAACAUGAAUCUCAGCUCGAACACUACUUUAUAAGUUCCUCAAUUUUUCAAGUUCAGGUUUGAGCUUUGAUAAAUUCAAGUUGAACUUCAAUCUGAUAAAUUCAAGUUGAACUUGAUAAGAUUGAGCAAAAAGCUGAGUUAGUUCGUUUUCGACUUGUUUGUAAUCCUAGCCAGAUAUCUGGUCAUUACCAAAAUUAUUGUGUAUUUAUUAAUAGUUCCAAAAAUCAGGCCAACAUGUUGUAGUCUUACCAACCAGAAUUCGAGGGCAAUUUCAACCUGCAACUUCAAAAUUGUCUACUCCGAACCUGCAACUUCCGGUAGAAAUUGAAGUGUUCCACUAAAGGCAUUUAAGUAAUUAAAAAUAAAGGAGGAAAUAUGCUAUAAAAAUGAACGAUAACGUACUGGAAAAAACUAUAUGCAAUAAGUUAUUUUUACCAAAAAUUUGCCAUUUCAAGGAAUUAAAAUUACUCUUUAAAGGAGAAACUUUAAAGUCUCCAUUUGAAGUCACAACUUUCGAAGUAAUUUCUUCAGAUACUGAAAUUUAUAUUUCAAGAAGGCUUUAAAACGUUGGACUAGUUUGGAAUUUUGAAUUGAUGUUGGAUGACGUAUCAGUGGGUCGUAUGACAAUGGUGUAUUGUUAAAAGCCCAUUGAGCUUUAUUAUUACUCGCGUCAAGACAGAUUACACACAUGCCAACCCAUGUGAGGAAGCAGUCGGGGAAGGCACGUUGAGUUUGUGUUUGGGUUCAAGUAUGACGCUGGUGGAUAAAUCAGGUGGCAUUUGGCCUAGCAAACUAGAAAAGUGGAGACUAAAAAAGAGGAUGUUGCGGCAGAUUGAAGUGGCUAAUGACCAGCUAUCAGACGAUAUAAAUCAAGUUGAGGAUGCGAUAGACAAAGCACUUGAGCGGAACAAAAUUUCAACUGCACUCUUCAUUGGCGUACAAGAAGCAAAAGAAUUUCAAACACACGCUCGUGAUGCCCUGGGGAAAAAGAAAAAGACUGGGAGUCGUCACCUCAACUAUACUGAACUGCUUGAGAAACUGCUCGUUUUGUACUCCCAAAUUCAACAAUUGAAGGAGUUUGAUAGGAAAGAUGAACAACACUUUUACGCGCAGGGACAGUAUGUGAAACGAACUGAAUUCAGUUGGCCAACUCGCAAGGAUACAAGGAAGUCAUCAAAGGAUGAAAAGGUGCAGAGGAUGAAAUCCGGGAAAAAGCUCGAAGACAGUGCUAAAGGAUGGCAAGAAUUCUCACAGGAGACGUUGAUCCAGAGCCAAAAAACUAAAAAAUUGGAGGAGAUUUACCCGAAAGAUGAUGUAAACAAAAUUGGACAAUCGUCAGUUCGAGAUUCUUCCAUGGAGCUGAUACCACGGCCACAAGAAUCGAAAGAAAAAGACAUUUCCUUGGAAUCUAAAGACCAACAGCACGUAGGAGAAAAUGUAGUCAAGUCCGAUUCAGCUAAAAGUUCAACGUCGCAAGAUGAGGUGGAGCAUCAGGAUGAAACAGAAAUGUUUCCCCCUCCUACUGAUUUAUCUGCUGCACCAAGUGAAGAGAAAGUUGGGCAGAAAAAAUUUCAAGUAUAUGAAGCAAAAGGUGAUCAUGAAGCAGGCUCGAUGAAAUUGUCACCUAGCAUUCAAGAAGAGCAUGGGGCUGCUCAAUUUCCUGGAUUGUCUAAGCCCGUGUUACAGCUUGAGGAUGAAGUCGUGUCUGCUGCUUAUCCUUCUACACAGAUGGAGCCUAAAGCCACCACUCCGGAGGUAGAAAGGAUUUUACAAUUGGAGCAGGUGGACGGUGGAUCUGGUUCUUCUCAAUCAAACGAUACUCCAGGAACUGCUUUCAACAUACGAGGUGCCAUUUCUUCUGGAGCCGAAAGUGGUAAUAAGCCCCCAAUCCUGAGCACCGAUCCGGAAACCACAACGCUAGUCAGCAUCUCAGUAGAGGGCGAGUUAUCACAGUUCAUGGACAUCAGCUUGGAAAUCCCUCGUGGGACUUCUUUGAGUAAAUGGCAGAAUCUAAGUAAUGGAUUCUUGCGCUGGGAUUUUCUUUCAGGAAAAGAAAAUUAUCGCAUUCUUGCAAGAGACAAGACCGUGGAGUUGGAAUUGGAUCGAGGCAAAAGUUCAGAUACAGAUUAUUCAUCACCAGAACCCCUUGAAAGUUUUAACCUAGCCAAUUCCACCCUACCAAAGCAUCUAGUCUUUAGAAAUGAAGGUGAUAAAAUGAAGAAACCUCCAAAUGAGGAUCAAUGGAAACAAGCUGGUGUUAUGGACUUGACAGACACAUUCCCUUCACUUCCAAAAAAACUCUAUUCACUUCCACAAAAACUUUAUUCUCCUAACCUGGUACUUCUUUUCCUCCAAAGGAAUCCCAGCUUAAGACCAAUACCAGAGUCACUUUUUAGUGCCAUGCCUUCUCUCAGAGUUGUAGACCUUUCUGACAACAGAUUUCGAUCUUUGCCAUCUUCAAUUUUUGGGCUGCACAAGCUUCAAGUUCUUAUUUUAAGGGAUUGCAGCUUUAUCUAUAUGUUUCCACCAGAAAUCAAAGGACUUGAACACAUUGAAGUUCUUGAUCUAUUGGGGACUGAGCUCGAAAAGGCUCCCGACGAAUUAGGGCAGCUGACAAAUUUAAGGCACCUGCAGAUUUCAUUUUACGGAACUGAUGACGGAAGAGAAAGUGAUCACCUGCCAAAUGUCUUGCUUUCUUCUGAAACAGUCUCAAAGCUUCAACAUUUAGAAGCAUUAACCAUUGUUGUGCAUCCUGAAGAUUUACGAUGGGUAAAAAAUGCAGAAGCUAUAAUGCAGGACAUAGGGAACUUGGAGAAUCUGAGUUAUCUACACUUCUACUUUACAAAGGUGGAAAUCAUGGAACGCUUUAUAAGGAGUCCAGCAUGGAAAAUAAUCGGCUCUAAUAAGUUCAAGUUUGUUGUAGGCCAAGAUGUUAAACGCAUUGUGGACCGAGUCUCGGGUGAUGUAGAACACAAGUUCAACGAGCAGGAUAGAUGUUUGAGGUUUGUAAAUGGAAAAGAAGUACCAGAAGCCGUUGAAAAUGUUUUAAGUUAUGUCACGGCAUUCUAUUUGGAUCAUCAUUCUGCUGUUUGCAGCCUCUCAGAAUUUGGGAUCACCAAUAGCAGACAACUGUCAUUUUGUGUGGUGAGAGAAUGUCCCAACAUCGAGUUCAUCAUAUCUGAGAUCAUUGAUGAACCUGCCUAUCCCUCUCUCGAGUACCUGGGGUUGCAUUAUUUGUGGAAACUCGAGAGCAUCUGUAAGGACCAACCGCACAAAGGAAGCUUUCGUGCCCUUAAAUCAUUGACAGUUGCCACAUGCCCUAAGCUAGAGUACAUUUUCUCUGGGUCACUGGCUCAAUGCUUUUGUAAUUUAGAGGAGUUAAUAGUUGAGGAUUGUGAGUCUCUGAAGGAGAUAAUAGAAAGGAGUGAUGAGAUGGGUAAUGAUGAUUUCUCUGCCCUUCCGCGUUUGAGAAAAAUAAAGCUUUACUAUCUGCCUCAACUGUUUAGGCUUCUAUAUGAAGGGGAAAGAAGUUUGGAGGAUCCUCUCCCAUCGAGAGACUGCCAACUUGAAUCUGUAACAUUGCACUCAUGUCCUAAGCUGGACCGCAGUUUACUCAAGCAACCAUUGGUGAAGGAGCUGAUAGAGGAAGAUUAUAAGCUUGCUACCUAAGCCUUUCUGCAGAAUAACAGUAAAAGAGACAUAGCUUUCGACUCCUGCGGACAUAUUGCUUUACUAGCAAGCUAAAUCACCAUGGAUCCAAAUCUCACAAGUUGAAUUCUGUCCGGUUCAUACGGAUCAUGUAAUUCUUAAUAUACUUGAUAUAACUUGUAUAGUUUUCGUGUAAUUGUAAAUUUUAUACCAACUUUGUUGUACAAGUAACACUUCAUGUGAUUUGCGCAUGAUUAUUAUAUAUCAAUUAUUUUUUUUGUCAAAA